AUGGAGCAGAGAACAUUGCUUGCAUUGAUGGUCUUUUCGUCACUCAUAGUAUUAGCAGAAACUGUUGAUCAGAAGCCUGAUAUUGAAAUCUACAGCCUCCACGUGGACUGCAAGGUCACAUCACGAUUUGCUCACACUGUCAUCACCAGCAAAAUUGUCAACCGAGCCAAUGAGUCCCGAGAGGCCACCUUUGAAGUGGAGUUACCUAAGACAGCUUUCAUCACCAACUUCUCCAUGUCCAUGGAUGGUGAAGUAUACCCAGGAAUAAUAAAGGAGAAAGCUGCUGCUCAGAACGAGUAUGACACGGCAGUCUCUCAAGGACAGAGUGCUGGCCUCGUCAAAAUUACAGACAGAAAGCUGGAGCAGUUCCACAUGUCCGUCAGCGUCGCGGCCGCCAGCAAAGUCACUUUUGAGCUGACCUACGAGGAGCUGCUGAGGCGGCGCCUGGGGAAGUACGAGCUGCUCAUCAAAGUCCAGCCCAAGCAGCUCGUGAAGCACUUCCAGAUCGAUGUGCACAUCUUCGAGCCCCAGGGCAUUCACUUCUUGGAGACAGACAGCACAUUCAUGACAAACGAGUUAACUGAGGCGCUCACCAAAGUGCAGAAUGAAACCAAGGCUCAUAUUUUAUUUAAGCCAACUCUAGACCAACAGAAGAAAAAUUCUGAACUUGAUGAAACACUCCUCAAUGGUGACUUUGUUGUGCGUUAUGAGGUUAAGAGAGAAGCCACUGCAGGUGACAUACAGAUUGUCAAUGGGUAUUUUGUCCAUUACUUUGCACCCCAAGAAAUGCCAGUGUUUCCCAAAAAUGUCGUCUUUGUUAUAGACCGAAGUGGCUCCAUGACAGGAAGAAAAAUUGAACAGACGAGGGAUGCCCUGCUGAAGAUUUUGCAGGACCUCCGCCCAGAAGAUCAUUUCACCUUUAUCACCUUCAACAACAAAGUGGUGGAGUGGAAGAGCUCUCUGCUGCCAGCCACCGAGGAGAACGUGGCCAGUGCUGCAGCCUUGGUGCAGACUCUCACUGCCAGGGGAGGCACGGACAUCAGCGGGGCCCUGCUGGCCGCCGUGGCCGCGCUGCGCAGAGCCCAGCAGCUGCCGCAGCACAGCGUGUCCAUGAUCAUUUUGCUGACAGAUGGCCAGCCCACUUCUGGUGAGAGAAAUGUGGAAGUAAUUCAAGAAAACGUUCAGAAAGCCAUCAAUGGGAAAUAUGCUCUUUUCUGCCUUGGCUUUGGGUUUGAUGUCAGUUAUAAAUUCCUGGAGAAAAUGGCCCUGAGCAAUGGGGGAAUAGCACGGCGCAUCUAUGAAAAUGCUGAUGCAGCCCUGCAGCUCCAGGGCUUUUAUCAAGAAGUGGCUACCCCAACAUUAAUGCAAAUUGAAAUGCAGUAUCCAGAAAAUUCCAUUGAAGGAUUAACCAAGAACAAUUUCAAGCUGUUUUUUGAAGGAUCUGAAAUUACAGUGUCUGGGAAAAUUAGCAAUGAGCUGGAUCUUUUGCCAGUGGAAAUUAAAGCUCAGUCACACAUGAGUAACUUGACUCUUAAGGAAGAAGCAAAUGUCAAAGAGAAGGAGCAAGUAUUCCAAAAUCAAAGAUACAUCUUUGGGAAUUUCAUAGAGAGGCUGUGGGCUUACUUGAGCAUUCAGCAGCUUCUGGAAGAAGCUAUUUCAGCCCAAGAAGAGGACCAGAAGGCCCUGGAGGCCCAAGCCUUGGAUCUGUCCCUGCGGUACAGCUUUGUCACACCCCUCACUUCCAUGGUGGUCACCAAACCCCAGCAGCAGGAGGAGCUGGCAAACAAACCCACCGAGGCUGAUAAUGAGAAGCCCAGCAGUCUUCCAGCAGGAGGUUCUCGCAGAGGGAAGGGUGGGUCAUCUCUUGCUCAAAGGCGCCCUGAGCUCCAAACUGGCAGAAACAGGAAGAUGUUUUCAACAGUUUCCAGGCUCAGAGACGCCGUAAGAGCACAACCUAUUGCCAAUGAACAUCCACAACUUCUCUUGCAAUUACCAAGACAAAAUGAAACAAUCUGCUUAAAUAUUUAUGAAAGAGCACAAGCCUCUGUCCACCUGCUGUCAGAUCCAGAGCAAGGACUCAGUGUGACGGGGAAGCUUGGAGAUGGAACAAAUCACUUUGUGCAGUUUGAUAUCAACUACGUGAAUCCCCCUGUGCAAAUCCACGUCUACACUCAUGCAAUCCUUCUAAGCCACGAUAACAGGAACAGUUGGCUGUCGUGGACGAAGUCAGCCUCCUCCACCAUCCAGGGGCUGAGUGUGUCAGUUGAAAAGGAAAAGAGCGUUACAGCAUCACUUCCUGGUAUGGUCACAGUCAAAAUUUCCUUGGUGAGGUUUCCAGACGAUUUCCUUGGGCUCUAUUUCUUGAACACCGACCAUUUCUCGGACCAAGUCACUGGAGUUCUGGGUCAAUUUUAUUCAAAAGCACAAUUUGGGAGUGACUCCAACAAUGAUCAGAGAGCUGUGGAAAAACUCCUGCGAGUGUCUGGAUCUGAGCACAAAGUUUCCAGGUUGUACAAGAAAGAUUACAGGCUCGAGUCAGUCAGUGAACCUGUUUCCUGCUGGUCAAUAGAUCUAACUCCCUAGAAAAAAAAAAUCUGUAAAGAAAAUUUGCAAAUGAAGCUCUUCCAAGUAUUUUUGAUACUUUCAUCAAGAAAACCACACAGUUAAAGCCUUACUGUUGCUCUGUAUGUGUCACAAAUAUUUUACCUUGAAAUAAUUAUACUUUCAAGAUAUAAUGGUUCUUGUUUGUUUGCUAUUUGAAAAUGGUUUCUUUGCAAUGUGGCUUUAUUGUUGAAGAUUUAUGUGAAUGAACUAAAUAAAAUUGACAUUAUCAGCUAACAGUUUGACACAUACACAUGGACUUAGGUUUCCAAAUAAAAAUCAGUGAUGGCAUCGUCCAAGCCAAGAAAUGUGUCAUGCAAAGAGUAAUAGAUUUUUAAAACUUUCUCUCGUUAUGAUGGUUGUGUUCUUGAAGCACACAUCUUGUGAAAACACCAUGGAGUUUGAGGCAGUCUUAGUUCACCAUGUCUCUCCUUUUCUAUUUUAUUGCUGUAUUAGGGUUCUCUUGGAGGUUGUUCUGUCAGACCAUUCAAAGCUCCUGACACCAGCAGUGAAUGGGGCUGUGUGUGAGAUGCAAACCCACACCAGCUGUGGUCCUGCUCUUUGUUGCAAAAGUCUCUGAGGCUCCUUCUAUGAAAACAUCUGCAGAACAGCCAUUGGCUGGUUGCAAAACACAGCAUUUCAACCCCAUCAGUUAGCAGCUUUUUUUGGCACCACUUCAUGCAUUUUGCAAACAUUGGACGAUGUUUUACAAAUAAUGAACAUCUCAAACCCAACCUGCUGUGCACGGAGGUAACACUGCAGAGUAAACACACACAGAGAAGCCUCUGCCCAUGAAAUCCAAGUAGUUUCAAGCUGCUUUUUGUAAGUUUUCAUUCCAAAAUUAAUUUUAGAAUUUCAGUUCCUUUGUAUCUUUGAAUCCAUAAAUAUGCCAGCAUUGUAGGCUAUUCAACAGAAGUUGCUUUCUAUCCUGCCAACAAUAUAAAACUGGAAAACCCUUUUUAUUUUAAAGCAAUGUACUAAAAGAGAAACAAUUUCUUGCCAAAGUCAAUAAGCUAAAACAAACUGUGUAAUUAGAGGCCUGUUUUUUAAAAGAAAUGUGCGGACACGAUGCCAAUAUAUGUUUGUGUGAAUUGCUUGUACAUUCAAGGUGCUGAUUUUGCUGCACAAAUUACAUGACAAACAAUGUGGAAUUUGGAAACUGGAAGCACCAGAUUGCUCACUUCACUGCAUCAAAACCAGGCUGCCCAAUCUCAUUGUUUCCAUUAUACAUGAACUUGGGAUUUGAAUCACAAGCUGUUGAUCCAGGGUUAUAUCAGCAGACUCGCUACAAAUUCAAUAUUCCCUGCUUUCAGUUGUAGGGUGUCUGUGUCACCUCCUGCCCUGCUGCCAGCAGAGGGAUAGAAACAGCACUGAUCAGGGAGCAGGGGCUCAUGGCUGGGGCAGCUUUCACCUGGGACCCUCUGCUUUAAGUGAGGCUCAAGCAGGUGCAGGCCAUGCCUGAGAGCUGCACUCAAACUGCAGUGCCUGAGCUUUCCCAGGCAGCUGCUGCCCUGCUAAUGCAGUUCUCCCUUGCUGCAAAGAAGCUCUGGGCCAGGGAAUUUAUUAAGGUACGAUAGAAACUCCUCACAUUGUUCAAAGAUUUUAUCUGACUUUGAAUAGAUGAGUUAUGCUGACAGAGAUUUCUGUGCUUUCUGCAGCAGCCCAAAGUCGCUGGUGUGCCUGGCUGCUGCAGCUCCCAAAUCCCCUCUGCACGUGUGCUUUCCAUUCUCUAAGUAGGUGCCAUUCCACUCUUCACUUAAGAAUUAAUUGUGUCUUAAUUUAUUGUUUAGUCACUCUUCUCUUGUGCUUUCCAAGCCCCAGGGUGAGUUCUGGUGGGUUUCUGAUUUCCUGUGUUCUCUUCUUCCCUUGUUCAGAAGCUGAGGCAGAUGCAGUAAUGAAUAUUUGUCAUUUUGUAAUUUCUAAUUCCAGUACAGAAUAGUGUCAGUGUAUAUGUAACAGAUCUGUACAUAUCUCACAGGAUAUCGCCCCACACUUCUCUUUUAACCAGCCAUCAGCAGGAGGAGUAAAUGUUUUACCAAGCUGUGAGCAUCUGUCUGCUGCUUCCCUCUGCCCUCUGUUUCCUUUAGCUACGUUUGCUGUUACCUCCUGCCUUACAGGAAUCUCCAAGUGCCUGUUGAACAGAAGCAAAAGCAGAGCAGAGCCCCUGAGAGCAACUCCUGGCUCCCAAUUCAGUCACAGCCAGGACUCCUGGCACCUCCAGAGAUUUGCCUCAUCCCCAUAAAUCAAAGAGGAACGUUCUGGCUGGCCCAGGAUUGCCUGGUGCCCAAACUCUGCCAGCCAGGUAGGUCAAGGCCUGCUGUCCACUGCUCUGCUUUGCUGUGUUAAUGGAGCAAGUGAGGAUGGGACCAGCCCCCAUGGGCAGUGCCACAGCUCCAGUCUCAGGAUCCACAAUGGAUCAUUGCUUUAUUUCAUCCUAUUCCAUCUAAUUGAUUCUCUUACAAUAAAAAUUUAAAACCAUGUUAACUUAAGCUUACUAGUUUCAAUGUUCUGGUCCUCUCUCACUCCUCUCUCUGUUGCUCUUCCUGCCUUCCUCGUUUUUCAGUCACUUAUUUCCUUCUAUAGAAAUUACUGUUUUCUUUCACCAUUUCUGUCUGGAUUUACAAGGCAAAGAACUGCAGCCACUGUAACAUCCUCUCCCCUCACCUAUUUUUUUUUGUACAAAACUUCUGCUUUCAGUAAAGGAUUCUGCUCCUCAAAAAAGCCUGUAUCUCACAUAAAUUUAACAGUAAGUGUAUCUUCCCCCAUCUUUUUUCUCUUUGAUUUUUCUGUUGCAUUUUUGUUCACCUCUACCCUUGUUCCCUACCCUUCAAUUUAAGCUAUCACAUCUUCUAUCAUUUGUUUCUCCCACCACACUCCUCUUUUCUCUGUGUUCUGCAUUUUAGUUUUCUACACAAUGACUUUCUUUGUCCUAUUACUCUUGGGGAAUUUUCUGCUUCGCCAUGUGAGACCCCAACUGCCUUUUUGUGGCUGAUUUGAUUAAAAGAAAGCUUGAAUUAAAUAAGAAAUAUGGGGGAGAGAACAUGUUUUGCUUGGUUGGGUUUUUUGGUCUAGAAGCAAGAGUUUUGCAAUUUCUUGCAGUAAAAAAUGGAUAUAUAAAUAAAUGGGGCACUUGCCCUGAAUGUGUUCAUAAAUUCUUUUAUGGGGACAGAAGGAAGGGUCUUCUUCAAGAAAGAUACAGUCCAAAAGAGUUAUCAUUACUCAAAGGUGAGUGCUGCUUGCAACCUUGGUGGUUCAUUAAUUUAUAAAGAUUCAGAUAUUCAAAAGUUAGGUUCAAAUUAAAAUGCUAAAAUACAGAGGUGUGGAUGCCAAGGGUCACCUCCUGUGCUGGCAGCAGCCCUC